AUGGAGAUGGCACUCGCCGCAGCCGACCAGGAGAUGGCCGUGGCCACGGCCGAGGUGGUGGCCGCUGAAGCCCAGGCACAGGUCGCCGGUGAUCAGGAGAUUGGUGAGAGCAUCUUUGUGGAGGAGGAGCAGGAAGAUGCCAAUUGGGGUGAUCCCGAGCUAACUCCACCGACUGCCCCUCUCGAGCCUACGAUGUCUACUUUAGCUCACAGCCCUGAUUCCUCUUCUUCCACUACUUUGGGUCCGCUCGAGCAGCCUCCUCAGCCUACGCUGGCUACACCUAAGGAGGCCCUAGUUGUUGUUGAGGGGGAGGCAACUUCUUUAAGGGAGGCACCAUGA